AAGCUCACAGACUUCUCUUUGAUUCUGAGGGCGAACAACUGCUGUCUUACUGAAAGUUAUAUAAAGGGUGAGACAGAUCCAAGAGCAGGAUAUUAAACUCGAGAAAAAGAGAGAGAGAGCGACUAUGGCGCCUAAACGGGAAGCAAGGGCAAGUGUAGCGAAUUCAAAUAUGAGAGAAGGGAAAGCAAUAUGUAAUCACUUUCGGCAACGGAAAUUCUGGAGGAGAAACGUUGACACACAAUUUCAAACACCACUCAUCUCUGGGGUAACAGAAGAAGAAGAACACAUCAUAAAGGUGUCAGACAACGAUCAGCUGGAGUUGUGCAUCGCUGCCCGGCGUGAUGAUCCGAAACUGGUGUUUUGCCUGCGGAUUCCUGCAAACCUGGAAGAUCUUAAACAAAGGGCCGAAGCAGCAGGUUUUAAAGUAGAGGUGGAGCCUUAGAAGAAGCAUGACAGGCGCUUUCUUCAUUUUCUUAAGUUCAGUUUAGGGUUCUGUAAUAAUGAAGAUCAGACUAUCUUUGCACUCUUUAUGCAUGCAUGUGUGAUUUUACAAUCAGAUGUGCAUUUCUGUUUACUUUAUACGUUUUUCCAGGUACUGUGCUGUAGUAGUU